GUACUCUCGCGGUGUUUUGAUGUCAUGCGCAGAUUGAUCUGCUUUGCGCUGCAUGAAGUCGAACAGAAGUCACAUCCAUUUCAAUAGAUGGCGCUAAUGCGCUGAAAGAGUUCGUUUCCCUAAAAACACGAUAAAACAAGGCGGAGUUUCAGGAAGACUGCUGAAUAAAUCAAGCAUCUGUUUCAAAAUGGGGGUUCAUGGUCUUACAAGUUAUGUGGAAGGAAAUCAUCAGUUCUUCACAGAUAUGAGGCUAAGAGAUUGCUGUCUUGUGAUUGAUGGAUGUAGCCUGUAUUUUCGAUUGUAUUUUAAUUCUGGAUUGGAUCAAGCGAAGGGUGGAGACUACGACAUGUUUGCUGGGUUGGUUAAGCAGUUUUUUGCAACACUUGCAGAAUGCCGUGUGCAACCAUUCAUAGUGUUGGAUGGAGGAAUGGACCACAAGGACAAGAAGUUCAAGACCCUGCAGGAGAGAACUCUAAGCAAGAUCCGAGAAGCCCACUCUCUUUCCCGGGGAUCCAAUGGCUCUGUUCUUCCUCUGCUAUCACGUGUUGUGUUCAUACAAGUCCUUUCUCAACUUGGUGUGCCAUUGGUGCAGUGCAUUUGCGAGGCUGACCUCGAGAUCGCCUCUCUCGCCAAACAAUGGGGAUGCCCGGUUCUGAGCAACGACAGCGACUUCUACAUCUUUGACUUGCGUGGUGGCUACCUCCCAUUUUCAUUCUUUCAGUGGAACAAUGUUUGUGGUAAGGCCACAGAGCGUUACAUUCCUGCCAGGCAGUACACCGUGAACCGAUUCUGCAUGCAUUUCAACCAUAUGAACAAGCAGCUUCUGCCUCUUUUUGCCAUGGUCGCUGGGAACGACUACACACCUGCUAAAAUAACUGAGACGUUUUUUAGCCGGGUGGAACUUGAAAGGGUACCAGCCGGUCGAAAGUCUGGACGUAGUUCUCGACUCGAAGGCUUUUUGCUCUGGCUGUCUCAAUUCACAAGCCCUGUAGCUGCAUUGGAGGAAGUACUGGAGAUCUUGGGUGGACAACGGAAAGCAAACUUACGUACGCAGCUCUCGGAAGGAAUACAGGACUACCAGCUUUCCCGCACUAGCGGUUUGGCCAACUACUUCACCUCACGUACCCAACCUGCACUGCCUGACACACAGGGCCUCCCGGCAGUACUUACUUCUCAACCCGAGUGGUUUUUAAGGGCAUAUGCAUCAGGCAAGCUUCCCUCUUUGGUCUUGGAUGUGCUUGUACUUCAGAAAGUUCUGCUGGUAGCGCAGGUGGAGAACAGUCAGCAGCCGAGCAGCCAUUUGACGUCUUUGAGUAUACGGAAAACCAUAUACGGCCUGCUACUUGAAAACAUGAGACAUGACAAUCAGAGGCAACAGACUGUCUCCCAGAGAGGAGGAGGAGGAAGGGGAGGAUGGGAUCGGGGUAAAGGAGCACAACAGCAUGACAUUCAAUGUGUUGAAGAGUUUGACAGACAAGACCUCAAUCUUAAGAAAAACACAGUGGAGGCUCAACUACCCAGUGUGCCGCAGCUGAAUUUUCCAACUCUUGACAAGGUGCCUGCCCAGGUGAGACUUCAGGCAUUGUUGGGAACACUUGGUACGAUGGACCAUGUUUUGGAGCCAGUACCCCCUCACCUAUGCCUUCCAGUGUGUGUGAUGUAUUUCUGGAUGAACAACUCAAAACCGAAGCCAAAUCUUCCAUUGCUGCAGGCCAUGUUAUUGGGAUUGGUGUAUGGGGAACUCUGCUGGAGAAGUGUUCAUCCUGAUGACCCUAUGUACUGCAGCAAGACCGCUGCUUCUGUUUGUCAUCGAUUAUCUCAGCUGAGGGUUAGACCAGGAGAAAGGAGGGGCCUAGAUCUGGUUGUAGCCCAUUUACUCAGCCAGUGGCAAUCCUGUAUGAUGGCGGGACUUUACCUGAACCAGUUAUUGUGUUUCCCACUACAUGAGCCCCAGUUAGCCUGGGUCUUUAGCGGUACUCUUGUGCAUGGCCUUCAAGCUGCAAUGAAAGGGGGUCAGCAGCCCGAAUCUCUACUUGCAGCGGACCAUUUUGCUUUACAGCUUUACUCCAUACUGCUGCAGGCAUUAAUGGGCCCUGCAGUUCCAGCAACAGCAAGCAGAAGUAGAGGAGGGGCGCAAAGGCAAACACAGCAAAGAGGGAAAGAACAUGGAGGGAGGGGUUGGGCCAAUGAAGGGAGAGAAGGUGCCAGUGGAGGGAGAGGAGGUGCCGGUGGAGGGAGAGGGAGGGGCAAUGGACAAAAAGGGAGGGGCAACAGAGGCAAAGGAGCAAAGUCUUCAGACAGUGGUUUUGAUAACAUGUUUGCGCAGUUGACGUUUCAGGAUUGAAAGUGGAGAGGGAAUGAUCUAUAAGGGAAGCUGGUUUAGGAGGGAAGGUUUUAAAAAGAAAAGUCAGUAAGAGAUAAAAUCACACAGAAUUCUAUUUUAAAUUUUAGUUACAUUUUACUAAAGAUGCCUUAUACUUCCCAAAAGCACGAUGGGGAUUAAGAUACCUAAUCAGUGGCGGCCGGUGACUUCUCUUCCGAGGGGCGCGAAUUCAAAUAUGUGUGUCAAAAUAUAAGGUUGUUGUGUCAUGUUAACCAUGUUCAUCAUGCAUCUUGUCAAAAUAAGUUUCUGCUGCACAGGCGUCAAAAGAGUUUAUGAUAAAAGAGACACUUGCGCAGUAAACUCUGAUUGCACAUAAGAUUAAGUGAGUAUCUGGCAAACAAGAGCAUCUCUUUUAUUAUAAACCCUUUAGACGUGUCUGCAGCAGGCACUUAUUUUGACAAGACGUAUGAUGCACAUGGUUCACAUAACGGGAUAAAUACAUGUUGUGAUGAGCAUCGCAUCGUGCACUCUCGAAAAAGAAGUCACCAGCGGCCAACUGUACCCAAUUGUUGUUUUUGGUGUGAGUAACGUUUACAUACUUUAACAAGCAACACAAUGUUUAAGUAUGACAGCUAUCGAUCAUUAUAAGCUUGCUUGCACUAGGAUACUUGCACUGACUAUUUUGAAUCUACGUUAUGAAAUUGAAUGUAGCCUUUUACAUUAUUUAAUUGAAUGAAAUUAAGUAAGAAUAGAGGUUGGCUUUGUUUAUUGUGAAAUUCCUUUUUUUUUGGGACCAAAGUUUUAACAUGGACAAUUUUAUAAAUUAUUUAUGUAAUGUAUCAAUUUUGCUGCUUUCAAUAAGUGCUGAUUUGUAAUGAUGAUUUCAAUUAUGCAACACUUGCCAUCAACGAUGUCAUCAAAUCUUCAAUUCAAGUAUAGAAAUAUAUACAUGCUUAGUUUUUAACUUUUAUAUUGUUCCGUUUCAAGAGAUCAAAACAAAUAAGCUUGUUUCAAUAGCGUGUUUAUAUUGUUGCCAUUUUAAAUCAAGUUUUGACUGAAUUAACUGUUGCUGUCUAAAGAUGUUUUGAAAAAGCAUUGUUCUCCAGGGUAAAUCAAUGCACUUCUUUACUUGCCAUCAGUUUGAUAUCUCUUGACAGCAACAGGUCCCCCUAAGUUUUGGACAGCCGGGGAUGUCGCCCCAGUUUAAUGUUUAUUCAAUAAUAUUUUGUAUGGGGUUAUUUUGUAUGUUAAUUUUGGGGCUAGUUGUCACAUGAUCACGUCUUAAGCAUUAUAUCUUAACAACUGUAAUGUUGUCA